UAUCUGGUGAUCGUCAUCAAAUAUAUAACCGUUUGUUUAGUUUCCCUUUUUCACUAGCUCAUGUGCAAAAUAACCGUUUAGUCCCUAUUUCCGUAAUUUCGUUUUUUCCCCGUUAUAUAUAUGACAGAAACAAUCCCAACGAACUUAGAGCAUGUGCAACGGUAAUAAUCAAGCAAUCCUUAACAUAAAUCCUUAAUGUUUUUUUAUUAAAGAAAUAUUAAAAGAGGAGAGGAAAGUUAAGGAUGAUCCUUAAUUAAAGAUUAAAAAUCGAAGUCCUUAUCUUGUUGGCACAUAUUGAUUGGUCCGUUUUUUGUGUUGACUCUGGUAAGGCGAGUUCGAAAACACGCGAACCGUUCUCAUUUUUUCAGAAACCCGAAAAAAAAAACAGAGCAGAAGGCGAGGCGAUAGAGAGACGACAGAGAGGCCAAUUGCGAUCUCGAUCCGUGAAGGUAAAAUUCGAUCUUAAUCUAUUUUUUUUUUAUUCUCGCGUUUAUGCAUGUUGAUUUCAUCUCGUUUUAGGGUUCGAUUGAGGUGUUUUAUAAAAUCUAGGGUUUGAAAUCGGAUUGGGGAUUUUUUCGAUUUAGGGUUUUCGUAUUGGUUUGAUUUUUUUUGCAUUUUCACAUCGGUUCUUUGUUGUUAUCGACUGGAUUAGAGAGGUUCUGGUGUGAGUUCACAAUCGAUUUAUGGUUUUGGUUCGUGAUAUCAAAAUUAAUUUUUUUUAAUAAGAAACGCGACUGGAUUAGAGAGGUUUUGGUGUGAGUUCACAAUCGAUUUAUGGUUUCGAUUGUGGGGAUCAAAUAGAUUUUGGGUUCAAAAUGGAAAUGGGGUUUUCGUCUGCUGGGAAACUCAUUGUUGAUAUUGUUUACAUUCGUUUCUUGUUUGCAGAUGGCGAUUCCACAUGAACCUCAUUUCUUUAAGCCUCUGCUUCCUGGUUUCCACAGUGGCGUCACGAUACCACUUGCCUUCUUCUCAAAGCACAUAGAAGGGAAGACGAACCAGAAAACAUGGAAACUAAGAUCGGACGCUUCAGAUCAAACUUGGGAAGUGAUACUAGAAGGCAGGACACUCACCGGAGGUUGGAAAGAUUUCACCACAGCACACGACCUUCAAAUCGGUGACCUUGUCAUCUUCAAACACGAAGGAGACAUGGUGUUUCAUGUGACUCCUUUUGGUCCUAGCUGUUGUGAGAUUCAGUAUACACAUCCUCACAUCAUCAAGGAAGAAGCCGACUCCGGUGAUGCUGAUGACAAUGAGAUUAGUAAGUUUCAAUCAAAGUUCAUCGUUUUGGUCCUACCUGUUGUGAGAUGUUUUGACGUGGAAAUUGCUUCUUUUAUUUCAGGAGGAACAAUGGCAAUGUCUUCUUUCUCAUACGACUUCUGUUUUUUGGCUGAGGUCACUGCUUCAAAUCUAAAAGCUGACAAACUUGUGAGUCAUUUUUCAUACGUAUAAACUAGAUUUAGUUAGUCAAUUUUGAUUCCUAAAAACUAUAUUAUGUGUUUGCAGUAUCUUCCUAAGCGAGCUACUAGUUCUACUGCUUUGAACAAACAAUGCCAAGAGAUGAUACUAGUGAACAAAGAGGGAAACUCAUGGACUGCGAGUUUGCGAUUUAGCGAAUCAGACGGCAUGUAUUACAUCACAAGGGGCUGGAGAAAGUUCUGUCGUGAUAACAGAUGCGACAUAGGAGACUUAUUUGUCUUCAAUCUGGUUGGAGAUGGGAAAACUACUCCCUUGUUGUGUGUAUGCCCGGAAAGUAAAGAGUGUUCUCAACUACUGAGCAAACACUUGAGCAGAAAGCGUUGUGAAUCUUCUCCAUUGCCUUGCUUGAGACGUCUUUAACUUGCUUGUUCUUUCUUUGCUUCUAGUUUAACUUGCUUUUUUGGUUUUGUUCUGUAGGUGAUAUUGCUUCAAGCUCACGGGUGAAUUAGAAGAAUGGUCAAGUAGUCUUGCGUCUCUUUAGCUUGCGUCUCUUUAGCUAUGUAUCUCGGACUUGUUAAGAGCUUCUAUCCUCUUGUUUUCCUUGCUACAAUGUACUUGUAUGAUCAUUUCAGUUUAGACUCAAGUUCUUGUGUUUCUCUACUCUCUACUCAUUUCAGUUUAGACUCAAGUACUUAUAAGUUUAAAUCUUUGUACUCUACUCUUGUAAGUUUAAAUCUGUUUAGCUAACUACAAUCUUGCUUCUCUUCAUUCUCUUCUCUUUUAUGUUAUACAAGUAAGAAGAUAACUUGUACAAGUAAGAACAUAACAAAAUCAAGCUAAGAAGAUAACAAAAGUUGUACAAGUAAGAAACAUAAUUUAUUUACAAAAUGAGAAAUUAUAUACAACACUUAUUUGAUUUGAUUCAAAAUAUUUGUAUGUUUACAUUUUCUUUUCUAAUAAAUGUAAAUUUUUAAUUUCUUGUUUUAAAUUUUAAAUUUCUAAGAUAAAAAAAAAACACACUAAGGAUUCCAUAUUGGAUAACACCA